AUGGUCUAUGGACAUGUGAUGGAUGCAGCUGCUUUUUCAAACGAAGCUGGUGGUAAUAACUGUCCGGUUGAUAAAACACGCCGGAAUUGGUGUCCCUCAUGCCGAUUACGGAAGUGUUUUCAAAUGCAAAUGAACAAAAAUGCAGUGCAGAAAGAACGUGGUCCACGUGGAGAUAAACGAUCGAAAUUAUUCACAAAGUAUUCAAUCAUUGAAAAAAAAGAACAAAUGUUGACAGAAGCACUUCAACGUCCACUUAAUAUGAUUUUAAUGAGUUUUGUUUCGCCGCGAGACCGAUUUGUAAUUCUAUCUCAGUACUGGCCAGUAUUCUUCAUACUUCACUGCACUAUGGCUGUAGAGCUACCACCUCUUCGUGAUCUAAAGUUAAAUGAAGUGAUACAAUCAGGAAGAAGAGACAAUUACAUGAGCAAUUUAGACAGUGAAGAAAUGCGGCUAAUAAUCUGUUACGCUCUCUGCAAAUUAGGUCGGAAAAAUGGGGAGUUAAGUUUUGCUUCUAGCUUGGAUAGUACUUACCGAUAUUGGCUAUCACGUCACUGCUCCAUCUUUUACCCGCAUUUAUCAAAUCGAGACGAACGUAUCAUAAGUUAUACGGAUUUCAUAUUGCUGUAUUGUGAACAUGUCUCGAUGGCCGAUGAGUUCAAACUAUCUACACAUCCAGCAGAUGUUAUUCGAACUCUUCUAGAUAUUAAUGAAUCGACUUGA